AAUUGGAUAAUGGAUGAAGAGGAAAGGAGAUAGGGUCAGCUCUCAAAUCAUGGUUUCAACAUUUUUGUGAUUUUGUCUCUUCAUUCACAGAGUAAUUAAGGCAAUUGGCAGGUGAAUUCUCGCAUCAUCAUUAGUCUCCAUCGUCGGAUAUAAAUUUUUUUGUUUUCUAAACAUUCCAGCAAGUCUCCAUGCAGACCUUGAUCGGUUUAUGACUAGUCUUCAUUCAUCUUUUUUAUAUUUAUUUAUUUAUUUGCAUCGGUAAUUUUAUUUCUAAUGUCAAUUUUUUGUUAUCUAAAAAAAGGCCCAGUCCAGUCCAAUGACAAGACCAGUAACGAAGAAAUAAGCCUAACCUAAAAACCUUUGCCUUUCAUACAAUGACAAACCCAAUUAUCUUUGGGCCCCCAAUUAGGCGACACUCCUUCCUCCCUAAGGCUGAAAUACUCUCCUCCCUAGCCGAAAAAAUCCAUUUCCCUCUCCUUCCGUCUCUGCUUUUCUUUUCCUUCAAGGCUCCUCUCACAUCGAUUCUGGUCGGAUCCCAAUCCCUCUAAAUCCAUCUGAUAUGCCUUUGUCUCUGAUAUGUAUCACGCUCUGGGCGCGCCCCGCCUAAUAUACCGUGCCCGCAUCUCAAGGCUCGUUAAAACCGGCCUCAUCGACCAAGCCAUCAACCUGUUCGACCAAAUGACCCAAUCAGAUUGCCGUGUCUUUGGCAUUGAUUAUAACCGCUUCAUUGGCGUUCUCCUGCGAAAUUCCCGCUUCGACUUAGCUGAACACUACUACUUCCAAAUGUUCCCUCAGGGUUUCUCUCUAACUCCGUUCACUUACUCUCGCUUUAUCUCCGCUUUGUGCUCUGUCAAAAACUUUAAUCUUAUCGAGCUUCUGUUACAUGACAUGGAUAAAUUGAAUUAUGUUCCUGAUAUUUGGGCCUUUAAUAUUUACUUGAAUCUUUUGUGUAAAGAGAAAAAGACAGAGUUAGCUUUAGAGGUUUUUCAUAGCAUGGUUAAGAAAGGGAGAGACCCAGAUGUCGUAACAUAUACAAUAAUGAUUGAUGGAAUGUGUAAAGCCGGGAAGUUUGGUAAUGCUGUCGGUUUUUGGAAGGAAAUGGUAGGGAAAGGUUUUCGUCCUGAUAAUAAAGCCUGUUGUGCGCUUGUUGUUGGGUUGUGUGAAGGUCGGAAGGUUGAUUUAGCGUAUGAGCUUGUUGUUGAGGUAAUUAAGGGUGGAAAUAUCAAGUUUAGUACGUUGCUCUAUAAUGCGCUGAUUAGUGGGUUUUGUAGAAUUAGGAGGAUCGAUAAGGCACAGGCAAUAAUUUUUAUGAUGAAAAAUGGGUGUGAGCCGGAUUUGGCUACAUAUAAUGUAUUGUUGAAUUAUUGUUGUAAUGAGCUUAUGUUAGAGGAGGCGGAGAAGUUGGUGAAGAAAAUGGAGAGGAGUGGGAUAGGACCUGAUGUGUAUAGCUAUAACCAGAUGAUUAGGGGGCUUUGUAACGCUAAUAGGCCAGAUAAAGCAUAUUUGUUGAUGGUGAACAAGAUGGAGGCGAAUGGGUUGAUUGAUGCUGUUUCUUAUAAUACCAUUAUCAAAGCAUUUUGCAAGGGUGGUCUUAUUGGAAAGGCUUACAAGCUGUUUGAGGAAAUGGGUAGGAAGGGGAUCGCACCUGAUGUGGUGACAUUCACAACUCUUAUAACAGCUUUUCUGAAUGAAGGUGAUUCUGAGAUAGCAAAAGCACUUCUUGAUCGGAUGUCAGGGAUGGGUCUGUUGCCUGAUCGUAUUUUCUAUACUACAAUUAUUGACCACCUGUGCAAGAGAGGGAAAGUUGAAAUGGCUUGUAGUAUUUUUGAUAACAUGAUAAUGCAGGGAGUUAACCCUGAUGUCAUUUCAUACAAUGCCCUCAUAAACGGGUUUUGCAAGUCUAAUAGAGCAAUUGAAGCCAUACGUCUAUAUGAGGAAAUGCAGACUAGAGGAUUCUCUCCAGAUGAGAUAACUUUUAAAUUGAUAAUUGGAGGGCUAAUACGGGAAAAGAAGCUCUCUAAGGCUUGCAAAGUAUGGGAUCAGAUGAUGGAGAAGGGUUUUACUCUUGAUGGAGCUGUUUCUGAGACACUGAUCAAUGCUAUCCAUUCAAUAGACUCUGCAUGAAUAUGGUGAACUAUUUAGCAUUUGUGUUGAGUAGCCGUAUGGGUGGAUUGUGUGGUUAAAACUCUCCUAUUGGUCCUCUGUUCAAUUUUUGCUACUGUUUGGCCUUUCCUGCAGACUCUCACAAAAAUAAAUCUCAGGUGAAACUCUACUAUGCUAUCCUUGAAAUUGCAUUGGAUGCUUCCAAAAGCUGUGAGGUCAAAAUUUUAUGUUACAUCUCUCCUAAGUUUAUAAAUACUUUCUUUGCAUGAUUUAGAUAUUUAUUUGACAUAUUUAUACUCCCCUUUCCCCCUUUUCCCAUAUUCUUAGCUCCUGUUGAAACUUGUGUUGGAACCUGUGUCUCACUGGCCAAUUUACACAUCAACCAUUUGUUGCUUGUUUUGUGCCAAUGGAUAAGUGGAGCAGGCUUCAUGUUGUAUUGUCUCAAAGAGGAUAGUAUAAUAAAGGAACUGACUAGAUAUUUCAGUCAGAUGCUGUCUGACAACCCACAAGUUUUUUAAGAGAAUUGUGACAAUUCAUGGAUCAAAGUUGCGUCUUCAAUGCACUAAACAUGUCGGAAAGGUUGUUCACUUGCAACAUUUCCCACUGUUUUCAGCCAGUUGAGGGACUUUGAAGUUUUAGGACCAACUGCAGAUUAUGACACCAUGUUAUUUAUUUCAAGAGCACUGGGCUCCGAUUGAGCUAGAAAAAAGUUGAUUUAUUGUGCUAUUUCUAUCAUCUAAAUUGGACAUUGUAUAUCCUUGUAUAUCACUCUGCUGAGCUUCACAAGUAAAUGAAUGCUUGAUAUUAAUUAAUUAUGCUUUUCAUAUUGAAAAAACAGAAAGAAAAAAAUGCAGAUGCUUUGAAAAGACAAAAAAAGGUGAGAAUUUAGAAGCCAGGAUAGAGGGAUCCAUGAAGGAAUGAGCUGCUAGGCGCUAGAGAUGGAAGUGCAAAUUGAUGGUCAAUAUUAAUCAAAGUCUCGAGUUUUAACUACGAGUUUUUGAAAGAACUGUGAAACUUAGAAAUUUAAAAAAAAAAAAAAAAAUCCACAGUUAGCACGUUUAUAGUUCGUAAAUUAUAGCUUUUUUUUCUUUUCUUCUUUGGGAUGAAUUAGAAAUUGAAAGAUUUAGCAGGUUGUUUUUAGGUUCCAAUAAUGGAGCUGUCGCCAUGAA